CGCAAUUGUGUGUCUGUAUGCGUGCACGUGGCUGUGUGGUGAUCGAGUCACUGUAAUGGCACGAGCAUCGGUUCAGUGUGAAAAAGCGUUCAUAGAGGAAGUAUAUGGAGAUUAUUUUCUGAUAUACAUGGAGGAGGACGCAAGAGUAUUAAAAAAUCGUCGAGGCAGAUGACGUGGCCGGCGAUACUGUAUCCGACCGACUGUAAUCGGCCGUCGACCAGUCGUUCUCUAUGCGUUUCUAUGCGAGAAAGGUGGAUAAAGAUUCCACGGCGAGGAUCAUACCGUGCGUGUAUCGCGAAAUAAGUCAACGUUACAAUGCGUUACACGGCGCGUGCGAAUGGUGUAAUAUUGUGAUAGAUGUAUCAUACAAGUAUCAUGAUCGUGUGCUAUUGUAUUUGGUAGCAGAAUAUACACAUAUAUAUGUAUGGAGUAUCGACAAGAUUUAAUCAUUGUUGGAAUAAAUUAAUCACAAAAAUAUCUUGGUGAUAAUUUAAGUAAUUAUUUUUUAAUGAGGACAACAACUAAUAUUAUGAAUAAAAUGCGCAAUUUCAAGCCAAGUCUACAGAUUACGAUAUUAUAUAUCAGUAUUUUAUCAUAUAUUUCACGAGCACAAGCAGAAGGCAUUUCAUGUUUCAAAUGUCUCAUGACACCAACAAGACCAGAAGAUACAAAUCUGCUUUGUGCCCAUUUCGAUGGGAGUGCCAAAUUUCAGACAUUUUGUCCAACUUCAACACUUUGUAUGAAGAAAACUGUUCAAUAUAAAUCUAAAACAUCUGUAGUAACCACUGUUCAGAGAGACUGCACACCACAGAAAUAUAUUUCUUAUGUUUACAGUGAUGUUGAUAAGCAGUGGCAUAAAAAAGAAGAGAUCAUAACAACUGCUUAUGAUGAAGGUUGCUUUAUAGGUGAACAUAGGGGAGCACCGACUGGUCCACCCGAAUAUUGUUUUUGUAGUUUUCAUUUGUGCAAUUCAUCUCCUUCAUUAAUAGGAAUGUUUAACAAAAUAUGUGGAACAAUCUUAGCACUGCUGAUUAUAAAAUUGAUGUAAAAUUUUUCAAUUGAUGGCACACAAUGUGUUACUUAAAAGAAUGUAUUUAAUGCAUAAGAGAGAGAGAAUGAUACACAAUCUUCUCUGAUAAUUUUGAGAAUGCAAAUAGAUCUUUUGCAACAAAUUGCAAAUAUUGUACAAUAUAAUACAAAAAUAUUGAUGUCUAAUAUGAAUUGCUAUAAAUAGCUAAUUUAUUUAAAAAAAACGUUAAAUAAUUUCUAUUUAAUGUUAAAAUCUCUAUAUUUCUAUUUAUGAAUUAGAAUAACAUUAGAAUUAUUGAAUAAAAUAAUCGAUAUUAUACAGAAAGAUAAAGAAGAAUCUCUUGCUAGUCAAUUUUGAAUUAUCUUGUGUUAUAAAUAAUAAUUCUAAAUUAAAUUUUCAAUUUACAUCAAUUAUCUUUUAAUAAAUUAUCUAAAACAUUUCUAUUUAUAAAAUAUGUUACAAUGCAUAUAAAUAUACAAAUCUAUUUUUAUGCCAAGCUCUUUUAUAUAUAAAUUUUAUAUCUGCAAUUAUUAAUGAAAUUAGAGUUUGUUAUAGUUAUUAUAUAUGUAUCUUUGAAGACCAAAAGAUACACUAAUUAUGCCUUGUUACAGGUAAUCCCAUAAAACUUUUUGAAGUUCUUGUUCCCUCACUAUAGUCACAUUAAAUUAUGACAUUAGAAACAAGGAAUCAUAUAAAUUAUUUUUUAAUGAGAUAUCAAAAUUAAUGAAUUUUCUCAUAUAUAUUAUCAUUUUGAUAAUAGACAGUUAUGACACCUGGCCAAAAUUUAUUAACUAUUUAUUUUUUAAUACACAAAUAAAUAAAAAUUGUCUUGAAUAUAUUUUAUCAAUCUAUAUUACCGAGUAUAUAUAAUAAUAUGAAAAAUCUAAAUUUAUUUCAAAAUGUAUUGUCCAAUAAAAAAAUUUAUAUGAUUUAUUGUUUUUGAUAUCAUGGUUCAAUAUAAUAUCAAUGAGAGAUCAAGAGUCUUAAUCUAUAUGGGAUGAUUGAUAUCAGGAUCAAAUUCGGAAUUCUCUAGAUAAUAGCUCUAAUAUGGAGCUAAUCAUUACUUCAAUUAAUGCUCAGAAUUUCUAAUGAUCAAACUGUUCGAAUUACUAAUAACUAUAUUCUCAAGCAUUAUCAAAAGAUAAUAAAUUUAUAAUAUUGAAAAAAAAAAAACAAAAACUAUUUAUAUUUUUAAUGUUUAUAACCAAAAAAUGUACUUUGUGCAUACCAGUACUUAAUAUUCAAACUUGAGCUGUGAAUAUGUAAAUUAAUAUCAUAUUAGGAUAUUUAAAAUAUAUCUCCUAACAGAUCAUAAUGUCCCUAUAUGUUAACAGCAAAGUAUUUUUAUAUCAUUUUAAAUAUAUAAAUAUAUAUCAUAUGAAAUAUAUAAAUUGUCAUAUGUAUCACAAUAGAUUUAAAUUUAAUUAUUUCAAUAAAAUUUAAUACAUAUUACAUUA